AAACCAUAAUCUAAAAGACAAUGACCAUUUAGUAAAAAAGCUGAAAAUGUAUAUAAAAUUCGGAGACAGCAAAGAGAGUGAGUGAGAGACAGUGAGGUAGAGAGAGAGAAAAAUAUCUUGGGGUCUUUAUUUUCUCGCUUUCUUUCCUUCUCUUUCAUUCGCAGCAUUUCCUUCCCUCCGAUCGCCUUUUUCCCUUUCCUUCCCAUUCCUGCAGAGAGAGGAAACCAAGUUCGAAUUUCUUUUCGGUGGGAGAUCUUAGGGUUUCUUUCUGUGCUGUCUGAAGAAAGCAGAAGGCGCCCGAAGCCCAGAUUGGAAGGAAGGAAAGAUGAGGGAGAUUAUUAGCAUACACAUCGGUCAGGCCGGGAUUCAGGUCGGCAACUCUUGCUGGGAGCUUUACUGCCUCGAACAUGGCAUCCACCCUGAUGGCACCAUGCCUAGACUCAGAAUGCUUGUGGCUUCUUGCAGUGAUACGUCGGUGGGUGUUGCACAUGAUGCAUUCAACACCUUCUUCAGCGAGACUGGUGCAGGGAAACAUGUACCCCGAGCUGUUUUUGUGGACUUGGAACCAACUGUUAUAGAUGAAGUCCGGACUGGGACUUACCGUCAGUUGUUCCACCCUGAGCAGCUCAUCUCUGGAAAGGAAGAUGCUGCCAAUAACUUCGCCAGGGGACAUUAUACAGUUGGGAAGGAAAUAGUGGAUCUGUGCCUAGACCGAGUGAGGAAACUGGCUGAUAACUGCACCGGCUUGCAAGGAUUUUUGGUAUUCAGUGCCGUUGGUGGUGGAACUGGAUCUGGUUUGGGGUCCCUCUUGUUGGAGCGCUUGUCUGUGGAUUAUGGAAAGAAAUCAAAGCUUGGGUUCACAAUCUAUCCUUCACCUCAGGUCUCAACUGCAGUAGUGGAGCCAUACAACAGUGUGCUUUCUACUCACUCCCUUCUUGAGCACACUGAUGUGGCUGUUCUAUUGGAUAAUGAAGCUAUCUACGACAUCUGCCGAAGGUCAUUGGAUAUUGGUCGACCCACUUACACAAACCUGAACAGAUUGAUAUCACAAAUCAUUUCAUCCUUGACAACUUCAUUGAGGUUCGAUGGAGCUAUCAACGUCGAUAUCACCGAGUUCCAGACCAACCUUGUCCCAUACCCUCGUAUCCACUUCAUGCUUUCGUCAUAUGCACCUGUCAUUUCAGCUGAAAAGGCUUAUCAUGAGCAACUAUCAAUCCCUGAGAUCACUAAUGCUGUGUUUGAGCCUUCAAGCAUGAUGGCUAAGUGUGAUCCCAGGCAUGGCAAGUACAUGGCCUGCUGUUUGAUGUACAGAGGCGAUGUUGUCCCCAAGGAUGUCAAUGCUGCAGUUGGCACCAUCAAAACGAAGAGGACAGUUCAGUUCGUUGACUGGUGCCCAACUGGGUUCAAGUGUGGUAUCAACUACCAGCCUCCAACUGUUGUGCCAGGUGGUGAUCUGGCCAAGGUGCAGCGAGCUGUCUGCAUGAUCAGCAACAACACAGCAGUUGCCGAGGUGUUCUCCCGAAUCGACCACAAGUUCGAUCUUAUGUACUCCAAGAGGGCCUUUGUCCACUGGUACGUCGGUGAGGGCAUGGAAGAAGGGGAGUUCUCGGAAGCCCGUGAAGAUCUGGCUGCCCUUGAGAAGGACUACGAGGAAGUCGGCGCGGAAGGUGGUGAUGACGAAGAGGAGCCUGAAGACUAUUGAUUGAUGACUUGAACUCUGUUGUUGUUCCAAAAGUACAAUGUUGCGUUGCAUGCCCUGUCUUUAUGUUUUUCUUUUACGCAUCUGUGGUUGGUUUUGCGGGAUGCGCCGUAGCUUCACACAUUCUCUGGCGGAAUAGUUGAUUUGUUAUGUUUGCAAUGUGUUUUUUGAGCAAGAGGAGAAGCUAUUUUGAUUACAUAUUAAAAGAUUGUUUUGCAAUUGAUUGCAAAUUUAUGCUGCUACUAUCACUGAUGAGCUCUCUUUUAUCUCUCUUUUCUUAGUGAGUGAAGAGGGUGUCUGCAGUUGAACUGAUUAUGUUGUAGUAAGGUUGCAUUCUGUAUUAUGUGACUCAGGUCAAUAUUGCCUUGUGGCUUGCUUUGUCUCGGCAUGCAGGCGGCAAGAUAGCCUUGGCCGUCCUAGUAGUAGUCCUACCAUUACCAUAUUCUCAUCAUUGUCCAAGUGUCUACGCAAUACGAUAAGGAUAAUUCUUGUGCCAAUUCUUUUCACCACUUAAACCUUUUCACUUGGUUUGGUUAUGAUUAUUAUUAUCAAG